UCUCUCUCUCUAUCUCUCUCUCUCUCUUUCUUUCCUUUUUUUAUAUAUAUAGCUGAGGUUCAAUACGAUUCAAGGUCACAAUGGACGCCAUGGACGAAAAGAAGGCGCCUUGCACGACGACUCCGAGCCAGGAACAUGGCGCCCCAGAGGAGGGAAUCAUCCUCAAGGACCAGCAGGAAGGUCUCGACAAACUGGGUUAUACGCAGGAGUUGACGCGAAAUCGAUCGCUUAUCACCUUGCUCUUCCAAUGUCUUGCCAUGGCCGCCAUUCCCUACGGUGAGGGUGGCCCUCUGCUGAGUGCGAUCUAUGGCGGGGGUCCACUAUCGAUAUUUGUUGGCUGGAUUGUUGUCCUCGUGCUGGAUGAGUGUGUCGCCGUCUCUUUGGGGGAGCUUGCCUCGCGGUAUCCUACCUCUGCUGGGCCAUACUACUGGUCCUACCAGAUCGCCUCCAGAGGAAAGACAGUUCUGUCGUUCAUCACUGGUUGGGCCUGGCUGGUGGGCAACUGGACCAUUACCCUGUCUGUGAACUUUGGUUUCGCAUCUCUUCUGUCAGCCGUUGUGUCGAUGUAUCAUCCCGAUUGGUCUGCCAACAGCUGGCAGCUCCUGCUCAUCUUCUACGCUGUGAUCCUGAGCUCCUUCGUCAUCUGUACGUUCGGAAACCGCUUCCUGCCCAUGGUCGACAUCAUUUGCGCCGCGUGGACUGCUAUCAGCAUAGUGAUCAUCUUGAUUGCUCUCUCUGUCAAGGCGGACGUUGGCCGGCAUAGCGCCGGUUGGGCCUUGGGCCAUUAUGAUACGAGCUUCUCGGGUUGGGGCGGCUUUACCUUCUUCAUCGGCCUGCUGCCACCUGCCUAUACAUUCUCGGCUAUUGGAAUGGUCUCAUCGAUGGCAGAGGAGUGCGCUAACCCGGCUGUCAAGGUGCCGCAGGCUAUCAGCCUCUGCGUGCCCGUUGGCGGCUUUGCCGGUUUCUUCUUCAUUCUGCCUAUCUGCUUCACCAUGCCGCCGCUCGCGGAGCUCAUCAACGCGCCUGCCGGUCAGGUUAUCCCGUACAUCUUCAGCCGGGUGAUGGGCAGCCCUGGUGGUGGCCUCGGCCUGAUGUUCCUCGUCUUGGUCAUCGUCUUAUUCUGCUCCAUCAGCAUCACUGUCGCCGCCUCCCGAACCACCUGGGCCUUUGCGCGCGAUGGUGCCCUUCCCCUGUCCAGCGUCUGGGCCCGGGUCGACAAACGCCUCGGUGUGCCCGUCUGGGCCCUCGUCCUUCUGACUGUGAUCCAGAUGCUUCUAGGUCUCAUCAACCUCGGAAGCAGCAGUGCGUUCACGGCCUUCGUCUCCGUCGGUGUGAUAGCCUUAGCCGCCAGCUAUGCCAUCCCCAUCACUCUGAGCCUCAUCCAGCGCCGUCGCGAAGUGAGUCGUGCGCGCUGGAACUGUGGCAACAUCAUCGGACCAAUCGUUAACGUUAUUGCUAUCGCAUGGAUCUGUUUCGAACUGGUUCUCUUCAGCAUGCCCACCGCUUUACCCGUCACGAACGUCAGUAUGAACUACGCCUCGGUUGUCUUUGCAGGCUUUAUGGCUAUUGCAGCGGGGUGGUAUAUCAUUUCUGCAAGGAAGACUUAUAAGGGACCUCCUGAAUCUGAUGGUCUUGAGUAAGAAUAAGGACGGAAGUUAGUCUAUUAGUUGGGGAUUCUUCUUGUCGAUAUGAUCAGUAUAUACAAAAGAGAUAGUUUGAUACUAUUAAUAUAAAUACCUCUUCGAGUUCUAU